AUGCAAGUCGGGCUUCUGGUAUUUAUCCCAUGUUUCGCUGGCCUAAUCAUGGCCCUAAUAGCGCUACGUGGAUGUUAUAAAAUUCCAGCAAUGCGCUCGUCUUUCGGCUAUUUGACGCGAUAUGAAAUGUACCUGAGGAUUACGGCGUGUUCGAAUAGCGGCUCUUUUUAUCUCUUUGGUGUUUUGUUGUGAGCCCGGCCUUUCUUAAGCCCAAAAAAGCCUAUUUUUCAGUGACAUCAAGCUCCUUCUCAAUAAUUCCGAAAUCUUCGGUUUGAUAUCUACAACCCUUGUUCCAAUCGUAAUCUCAGUGCACUUUGUGAUGUCUAUCAAUCGAUUUCUGGCUAUUGUCACGCCAUUUUACUACAAUACAAUUUUCAGCUUGAAAUAUCGCAGAAUCUACGUUUCACUGUGCUUUUUUGUUCCGAUUGUUUAUACACCGGUUUUUACGUGGUAUUGUGAGUUUUGCAGUUGGAGUUAGGUUAAAUAGAAGUUUAAUUACUUUAACGAUGACGUUAUUAACGUUAAAUUUAACUAUACUUACAUUAACAUUAAUUUAAAUUGAAUUUUACUCACUUUAAGUUUAGCUUAACUAACUUUCAAUUCAAUUUUACUCAUUCUAACUUUACUUAACAUAACUUGACCCCUCCUUACCUUACUUUAACCUUAAAUUCCAGACAACUGCGGUUAUAAGUUCUACCAUUAUGGUUGGGUAUUCUCUUUCAUUAUCUCCGAAACUUGCGGAAAUAAAUUCGAAGUUUUACUGCGAACUGUACAAAGUGUGCUAUUUUUAAAUACAACUUGUUUUCUCGAUUUUUCCACACUAAUUUUGCUGGUUUGCUUUCGGGUGAGUGAGAAAGGGGCUUCAGGGGGCCUUUAGGGCUUUUUAAGGCUUUAGAAAGCUGCUAACGGGAUCCUAAAGCCAUUUAAACCCUCCUAAAGCCCUGUCAAGCCUUUUGAAGCUUUCUGAAGCCCUUAGAAGCAUUCUAAAGCCUUUUGGAGCUUCAUAAAGCCUCCCAAAGUCUUGUAAAGCCCUCUAAAGCCCUUUGAAGUCUUCUAAAGCAACCUAAAGCCCUCCAAAGGCUAUUAAAUCCUUUUGAAGCCCUCAAACGCCCUUAUAAAGCCUUUAGGAGCUUUAUAAAGCCUUCUCAAGUCUCAUGAAGCCCUCCAAAGCCCAUUAAAACCUUUUAAAGCCCUCUAAAGCUCUGUCAAGGCUUUCGGAGCUUUAUACAGCCUUCUCAAGUCUUCCGGAGCCUUUCAAAACCCCCUAACUUUCCAGAAACGCGUGCUCAAAACCAAAAGUCCCGAAAUCCGCAAGCGCGAACUCAAUUUCGCCCAACAAGUCCUCAUCCAAGGCUUCAUCUCCCUACUCUUCCUUCUCGUCUACAGUCUCGGCUAUCAAUGGCUACCGGGAAGUAUCGGAGAAAAUUGGAAGAUCUUCUGGACUUCGUCGUUUUUCGCCAACUCACUUCACAUUUUUACCAUCGGGACGAUUUUCGUGUUCAAUGCCGAAUUCUCGAAGUGGUUGCGAUGUGGCAAUUUGCUUCCGGCUAGAUCUGUUAGUGUUGUGAACCCGGUUGUUUAG